AUGCUCAGUGGAUACCCUGAGUCAACUAGACUCGAGUUGCAGCAGGCGGUCGCCAGAGGGUUGGACCCCGGAAGCCCAUGGAUCGAGAAAGUUGCCAAAAAGGAGGAGACAGUCAGACGUGAGUUGUGGAACCCGUCGCGCACAACGGUCGAGCGGUUGACUGGUUGCACUUUGAGCGCUUCUAAUUGGGGGGAAAUUCGUCGCCUUUGGUGGAAGCUGCAGAAAGACACGGGCGAGAACGCCGAGUUGGAUUCGACCUCUUGUAUCUCCUCAGACGGCACCUCCAUCUUCUCAGAGGGCAGCCAGGUCGGAGGCAGCGACGUUCAGAGCGAGGACGGGGAGUAUCAUGUGAAGUCGGAGGCCAUUCCCACAGAGCCUUUCCGAGGAAAUGUGUUCGAGUACUACGCGAAUUUGCUCGACGCGAUCUCUGAGGUCAGCGGGCCCCCGAUAAGAAGAAUGAUGCGUGAGGAGCUAGAAUCAGCUCAGAGUGACCUUGGCAUUCAGAUCCCCGAGCCCGCGGUGAGGCAGUUCAUGAGACAGGCCUUCAUGUUGUUCCAUUCCCCAGAUCCACUGCCAUAUCCGGGUGAAAAUGCUGAUGGCUUCAGUAAGUCCUUCAAGGAUCAUGUCUUUUCCUGGCUGAAAACACCGGCAGACAUAUCCUCGUUGAACUUCUCACGGGUCACGAUGGCAGGCAUGACAAGGCUGAGAGCAGGGACAUUUGACGACAGCGAGCGCUUCUACACGCAGCUUGCUACUGCCAUCACAUGGCUCGCGUUGGAUGCGGGUUUUACGCGGAAUGUGACUCUCACCAUCCAAUGUGCAGAUCCCACACAGGCCAGCAUCGGCACCUACACACUGCAACUGAAGCGGAGCAACUGCCAACCGGACAAGCCCUUCUUCGACCCGCUGACGAGGAACUGCGUCAACUUCUGUCCGGAAGGCUUCUACCGCAAUCUGGUGAGCCAGCGAUGUUCUCGCUGCAACACGAACUGCAAGGUGUGCACCGGCUUGCUGUCGUGCAAGAUGUGCGUGCCGGAUGACGUUGAAUUCGUAUAUGUCAUGCAGCCCGAUGGAAAAUGUCAGGCCCAGGUCAACCACAUCUAUGCCAGGUAUCGCUGGUGGUGCCUGGGACUGGGAGUCCUUCUGGUUUUCCUCGUUCUAUUCGGGUGCGUCGGCAUUUGCACGUUCUGCUGUUCCCGAUCAGGCAAAGCUGGCGAGAAGAAAGACAGGCGUCGGUACUUCGAGGACGAUCUCGAGGAGGACAAGCAACUCCUCCAGUUUCCGCCUGGAAGGCGGUUGGGAAGAUAUUGA